CAGCAGGCCAGCCACCCAAUUCAAGGGCGGGCGACAGGAAGGCGAGAAGUUCUAAUCGCUCUUCAUCUUACUCUGGCCUAAAGUCCCACUCAAUCCUAGCCACACUCCAGAAAGAAUUUGAGGCAAGGAGGAAGUAUCUUACGGUUAAUAUCAAUGGCAAACCUGCACGCCUUCAGCUUGACACAGCCUCAGACCUCAACCUCAUCUUCAAACACACUUGGCAGAUGAUUGGACGACCUCCGAUGAUCACAUCGGACAAAAAGGCUAUGAAUGUUUCUGGCGGAUUUUUCCGGCUCACGGGUGAGCUUGAAUGUGACCUUUCUUUUGAGGGCACUCAUUUCAAGCGACCAUGCUACUAUAGCAACCGCCCGAAGCUUGACUUAAUUGGCCUUGACUGGGUCGAGAAACUCGGUCUCCUGGAUUUGCCACGUAACGGCAUUUUCAAUGUUGUGCAGUAA